AUGUCCCAACCCACCGGCUUGUUCAGCGUCCGUCGACCUAGGGAGACCUUGGGCAAUAUCACGAACUUCUCAGGAAUUCCCCAACCUGCCUCUGCGAUCAAACGCACAUCUUCGAACACCGAAUUGCGGAAUGUGCCCUACACCGCAUCCCAUGUGCGAUCCACCUCGAUAAACCAGAGCAUCCAGCGUCCUGCGCAACCAAUAUUCCAACGUUCGUCGUCUGGCGGCAACUUGGCAGAUAUGGGCAUGUCAACGGCUCGGCGAUCGGUUUCGAACAAUAUAUUUGGAAGUCAAAGUACUGGGCGACAGAGUCUUGCGCCAAACCAGCUCUUUGGCUCCCAGACUCCGGCAUCGCAAGGUUUACAGCGCAGAAGCAGUAUCUUUUCUCGUCCCUCUGGCCAUGGUACCACUGCGCAUCAGUCAUUCUUCUCACAGCCUCCCGCUCCGGCAGGCGCACCUAAAGACCCGAGACCAUUGAGAGACUCGUCGUAUAGGGCACGACUAAGCCAGGAAUUGCUGGACUAUCUGACGCAGAACAACUUCGAGUUGGAGAUGAAGCAUUCGUUGACCCAGAACUCGGUCAAAUCCCCAACACAGAAGGAUUUCACAUUCAUGUUUCAGUGGCUAUACCGUCGCAUUGAUCCAGGUUACAAGUUCCAGAAGAGCAUCGAUACUGAAGUCCCUCCUAUAAUGAAACAGCUGAGAUAUCCUUACGAACGAGACAUCACGAAAUCACACCUGGUGGCGGUGGGUGGUCAGAAUUGGCCUCGCUUCUUGGGGUUGCUGCAUUGGAUGAUGCAACUCGCGCAGAUGCUGGACAACUUCACACGUGGUGCUUAUGAUGAUGCGUGUACCGAGGCCGGUGUUGACAUAGCCAGCGACCGCAUUGUCUUCAGAUUCUUGUUUGGCGCCUACCAAGACUGGCUGCAGAUGGGCCCAGAGGAUGAUGAAGAAAGUGAAGAAGCAGCACUUCAACCACAUAUUCGGGCAAUGACGGAUGAGUUCGAGCGAAUCAAUGCCAAACAUGCGGAGGAGCUCAAACUAUAUGAGGCGGAGCACGAAGCGCUGAGGGCACAAAUCGAGGAAUUUGAGCGGAACGCGCCUGACAUCGCCAAAUUGGACAAGCACUUUAAGAUCUUGGAGGAUGACAAGAAAAAAUUUGAGGAAUACAACGCCAACGUCCAAGCAAAGAUUGAAAAGUACGAUUCAAGGAUAAAAAUUCUCGACGCGGAAACCCAAAAGGUCGAGGCAGACUUGGAAGUUGUGGAGCAAGAACGGCAGAAUUUGCAACACUCGGUUGAUCGACAGGGCUUGAACAUCCAAGACAUUGACCGAAUGAACACAGAGCGAGAGAGACUCGCGAAGAGCCACGAAGAUGCCCUGGUUGCACUCGACGAAAUCAACAAGAAGGUCCUCGAGAAGGAAGUCGAAGCAGCCCGCAAAUUGGAAGAUCUAGAGGCGGUCGUCAAACGGUACAAUUCCCUGGGCUACCAAAUGUCCCUCAUCCCGUCGUCAGCAGUCAAUGCCAAAGGCGCAGACUACGAACUGUCCCUCAAUUUGUCGGAACAGAAUUUCUCCUCGUCGACAUCUCAAUCGCGCCUGAAUCGUGCCUCACCCAUUGAAUCCGACCGCCUUGUCACUGACCAAAAUGUCGGGCAUUCGCCCAUGCAUCUCCUCAAUCUAGACCUCCGCGGCGUCGUUCGCAAUGCAUUCAUCUCGCUCCGCAAAGAGAUCAACGAGCGCCGAAAAGCCGCAGCGGAAUCGGAUCUCAACGCCCGGGACUUUCUCGACAACAUAUCGGAGGCCCUGCACGAGAAAAACACGGAGAUAGACAAUCUGAACUAUCGCGUGCAGGAGGCUUCUCGGCAAUACUCGACCUUGAAAGAGAAUGGCCAGACGGCGCACACACAGCAAACUUCGGCGAUCGAAAAACUGGAGAAAGAACUGAGUAGGAUGAGGGAAGGGCUGGAAAAGGGCGUGUUGGAACUCGAGCAGCGCGAGAUGGAGGUCCAAUUGGCAUACGAGGGCAUGCGCGAGGAAAGCUCAAGAGUCAGGGAAGAGUUACACGGCGGGAUCGAAAAGCUACUGGAGGACGUCAUCCGCUUCAAAGUCCACGUCCAAAAGGGCCUGGAGGAGUUUGAAGGCUGGGUGGGCGAGGAAGUCGAAGUCGAGUUGUUGGGCGAUGAGAUGGGCGAGCUUGGUCUGGAUGACAAGCGGGAUGCAAAGGUGGAUGAGGACAUUUUUUGA